AUGAAAAUGCACACUGGGGAGAAGCCUUUCACCUGCCAACAGUGUGGAAAGAGUUUCAGCAGAAAAGGAACCCUUAAAAGUCACAUGAAGAUUCAUACAGGAGAGAAGUCUUUCACAUGCUGUCACUGUGGAAAGAGUUUCAGUGAACAAGGAAAUCUUAAAAGACACAUGAGAAUUCACACUGGAGAAAAGCCUUUCAUCUGCCAGCAGUGUGGAAAGAGUUUCACUCAAAAAGGAAACCUUAAAAGUCACAUUAGAAUUCACAUAGGAGACUGGUCUUUCACAUGCACUCACUGUGGAAAGUGUUUUAGUCAACAAGGAGAAUUUGAAGUCCACAUUAAAAUACACACUCAAACAAAGACUUUCAGCUGCCAACAGUGUGGAAAGAGUUUCAAUCGAAAAGGAAAAUUUGAAAGUCACAUGAGAAUUCACACAGGACAGAAGUCUUUCACAUGCUGUCAGUGUGGAAAGAGUUUCAGUCAUCAAGGAAGCCUUAACGUCCACAUGAAAAUUCACACUGGAGAAAAGCCUUUCAUCUGCCAGCAGUGUGGAAAGAGUUUCACUCAAAAGGAAGCCUUAAAAGUCACAUGA